AAGACGUCAGAACGGACCUCCUCGGCGGGGCUGUGUGAACCGGUUCAGAGAGGUGGUCCGUGUCUGUUUGGAAACGGUAUUACUCGGUUUUAGAGACGGAGAGACUGAGGGACCAGGACUGGGUGUUUUGUUCUGGUUUACUCCCUGUACAGCUGUUUCACUGACCUCGGAGCCGGUGUGGUUUUCCAUAAGCUGCUGCAGGUCUGUCCGAUGAAGUACUGCAGUACUCGGGGUGGGGUCCGUGGAUGGGACUUCGGGGACGUGCUGUUCUCGGGGUACGCUCCAGAUGGGGGGAUGUUCAUGCCAGAGAGUGUACCUUUGCUGCACCCAGAUACCCUCAGGAGCUGGAGGGGGCUGCCCUACCCCAGACUGGUGGUGGAGGUUUCCUCACUGUUCAUCCCCGCUCAGCUGAUCCCCAGACAGGACCUGGAGGUCCUGGUGGCUGAGGCCCUGUCUGGGUUCUCGGUGCCUGAGGUGAUCCGCGUAGCUCGACUGAAGGAGGGUCUGUCGCUCCUGGAGCUCUUCCAUGGAGAAACCCUGGCCUUUAAGGACCUGGCUAUGACCUGCACCGUGCGUUUCCUCGACUACCUCCUGCGAAAGAAGAAGCACAGAGCCACUGUUCUCGUAGGUACGUCAGGUGACACAGGAGGCUCAGCCAUCCACAGCGCUAAAGGUCUGUCUGGGCUGGAUGUGGUGGUGGUCUACCCCCGAGGACGCAUCACUCCGGUCCAAGAGAAACAGAUGAUCACCUGCCUGGAGGAUAAUGUCCACGUGUUUGCAGCCGACGGCAGCUCAGACGACAUCGACCAGCCUCUGCGCCGUCUGUUCGCCGACCAGGAGCUGGUCAAGUCUCACGGCCUCAUGAGCCUCAACUCAGUGAACUGGUCCAGAGUCCUGAUCCAGCUGGCCCACUUCAUCUACGCCUACCUGCAGCUGAGCGGGCUGGAGCACACCGAGGCUGACGCUGCCCUACCUGAGCUGGAGGUGGUGGUGCCCACGGGGGGGGCAGGAAACAUUGCAGCUGGCUUCAUCGUAACGCAGAUGGGUGUACCUCUGAAGCUGGUGGCCAUGGUGAACUCUAAUGACAUAGUCCACAGGACGGUGACCUCUGGUGACUUCUCCAUGACAACUGACGUCACACGGACCCUGGCCCCUGCUAUAGACAUCCAGGACCCGUACAACAUGGAGCGGGUGUUCUGGCUGCUGCUGGACGGAGACGGAGCUUCAGUGAAGAACAUGAUGGAGGAGUUUCAAAACACACACAGACACACUCUGCCUGAAAACCACCACAAGCUGCUGUCACAGGUUCUAUCCACUGGAUCAGUGAGUGAUGACGGGAUCCUGGAGACCAUGAGGAGAUGCUGGGAGGAAAACCAGUACCUGCUGUGUCCACACACAGCUGUGGCUGUGUGGCAUCACUACCGCUGUCCUCACAGCCCUGGACUCAACAGGUGUUACAUUGCGACAGCAUCUCCAGCCAAGUUCCAGGCAGCGGUUGAGAGGGCCGGCCUGACCGUUGACCUGCCUGAGGCGGUGCGGGCGUUGGACGAGUUGGCCACUCGUUACCAGAACCUGGAGCGAACCCCGGACUGGUGCAAAGACUGGGAGGAGAGCCUGAGAGAGAAAAUUCGGUCUGUGGGCUCGUCCAGGAGAAACACAGGGACAGCAGCUGAUUAUUAAAGAUGUUGUUGUGGAGGGACACAGGGUUUUACUGCAAAACCCUGACCCUGUGUGUGGAGGAGGUCAGGUGACUGCAGCUCGUCCUUGAUCUGUGCGCUUCCUUAUCUGAUUCAGUAAAUGAUGUUGAUGGUGGUCUCUGUGAUCUUUACACUAUGGAGAUCAGAGGUGUUGUACACACCUGUGUUUAUCUUAUCUUAAAAGCCAUUAGACGUCGUGUUCGCCUGUUAGUUUGACCCAUAUCGACUCAGCAAAAUGAGACGUUUUUCACCUGAGCAGGUGCAGACAGAACAUAAAGACAUCAGAAUGUUUAAUGUCUUUAAUACAAAACACCAUUUGGAACCACAUUACCCUCAGUUUAUUAAAUCUCUCAUCUCAAAGGCAGCAGUGAUGCUUUCGUGGACCCUGAAAAGAAUCAUCUGCAGCACUUCUCAGUCAGACACGUUUGUUUUGGUAAAUUCUAAAAUCUGCAGAAGCUUCUGUUGCUCAUGAACGCCUGUGCUGCUGAUCUCAGAUCACAAUGCAAAAGACCUUCUGAAACAUAGUAGAAGAAGCAAUAUAAUAUACGUGAAUAACACUGUUAUCCAGUUCUGUGAAGUGUCCCAGUAACAAAUGCACAACACUGAGGCCCUGAACCCAUUGAUAACAGGAGCAGCACCACACUGUAGAAAUACUUCUUCACUGAACAAGCCAUUAAUGUAAUUAUUAGCAAAAUCAUGUAUCAAAAGCAGAGCAAUGUUACCAUAUAUUAUUUCAGUAUUACUGAUGCAUUCAUGUGUGAACAGCAUUUUCUUGUUGUAAUCUAUAACAACACGUCACAACCUGCAGCCAUGAGCUUGUUUUAUGUUUUGUCUGUAAAAUACAAAUUUACAGAAUAACUAAUAACCCCAGCUGUCAGAUACACGUGGUGCAGUAAAAAGUACAAUGGUAGAAAUCAGCAAGAAAGGAAGUACUCCAGUGCAUGUGCCUUAAAGCUAUAUUAACUACCUACAUCUGUGCUGUGAGUCAGGUCUGUUGUGUGUAACAUAAAUGAUGUAAAUCUGAAUAAUGCAAUGAUAACACUGCAUUAAAAACAAGUCUGUGUAGAGUUGUACAGAUGUAAUGAAGUGAUUUGAACAAAUCCAGUGAAAUAAAGAGCAGCUGAUGUUGGACUUUGACAUG